AGCAGAGCCAGGGGAGGAGGCUGAAGCAUCAUCCCCCUCGUUUGUGCAACGCUGUCAGGAGCGUUGAGAUUUCCCAAAGCCGCUCUGACCCAGCAAUGGACCUUAAGCGAGUGAAGGAUUACAUCUAUUGGCUGUAUUACCAGUAUCUCCUGAUCUCCUGCAGCUAUGUCUUGGAGCCCUGGGAACGAUCCAUGUUCCACAUGAUCAUAAUUACAGUGGUUGCAAUGGUGAUGUACACUGCUUAUGUCUUUGUUCCCAUCCACGUCCGCCUGGCUUUUGAGUUCUUCUCGCAGAUGUUUGGAAGCCAACCUGAAAGUACUGUUUUGCUCAUGAACUGAAACUGCUGGCAACGAUAGCAAUUUUUGCAUCCCAUAAAAAAUGUUGUCUUCCUCACCUUUAUCUCUUAUAUGUGUUGGAAGUCAUUCUGAAAGAUGCACAUGUGAUUGUGCCCACAGAUACUGCUUCCACUUAUCCAGUAGAGGCCGUUACCCUACCUAUGGGCUGGCUAGCUCUCCUUUUAUCCUGUUUAGUAACACAAUCCUUCUGGACUGGGUUGCUUUACUAAAUCCAUAGGGACUGCAUUCACACACACAGCAGGUCUCCAAUGAAAUGCCUUGAGAAUCUGUUUCCUUAUCCCAUUUCUUUAUCCUUAGGCUCGCAUGCCUUUUGCACCAUUAUUUUGCACCCUUAUUUUGUCGGGAAGUCCUAAGCAAAGUUACGUCCCUGAAGUUUAGAAUGGCACUGUUAAUAAGAGUAUUCACUUUUAGCAGUGUCCAAAUGUUUGGACAUAUUUGUGAAGGCGUAAACAGAACCUAAUCACCGUUACUAUGUUUUAAAACUUUCCUUAUAAAGAUGAUGCUUUUAUAAAGAUCCAGCAACUUACUCUCUUUGGGAUUUUUUUUUCUCCAGUUCUCCUUGUACUAUCCUGGAAAUAUCUUCUUGAAUACUCUGGAUUUAAAGUUUAAAUAUAUGUUUGUGGUAGGAACUGAAAAUAUAUGAGGUUAGCAAGAGCCUGUAUUCAGGUAUGUUGUUUUACCAUGCUGUGGUUUUUAUGGAUGAGCAGGAAGUGUGGGUGGGUUGGAGAGGGUGGGAAGCAAUUGCAAUAUUAAGGAGUUUUUUCAAAAUAUCUCUUGCAUUUUUCAGGAAUGUUCAGAACUGUAUCUGAUGUUUACUGUGAUUUUUGCAGAGUAGUGUUAAUGCCAAAUAAUACUGUUAAUCUUCACUGGGUAGAGGCAAAUAAAGCUAUAAGGACAACUGUGCUAUAAGAGUGUAGAAGUAAUAUCCUAAUAACUGCAGAAACUCUAAAUGCAUUUAUAUGGAGGAUUCAGUUCUAGGGCUUUGUUUAAAAAUCAAAAGCAACCCUUGCUAAACUGAUGCGCAUGAUUGCUUUAAAAAAAGAAGUGCCAAUGCAAUCCUUUAUCUAAAUGAAAUGUGAAUGCCAAAGAACACCACUGCUUGUGCACAUGGCCAAUUUACUUCUCACAGCUCACACACCUACCAGUGAAGGCAGUUUUAAAGUAUCAAAUGUAAAUAGCUCUCAAACAGUGUUUGCACAAUUACAUGCAAUAUGAAUACCUUCUCUGUUUCUAUGCAGGUUGUACAAGACUUUGUGUGUGUUUUAUUAUUAUUAUUAUUUUAAAGCAAGUGCUGCUAUUUCAAUUGUUACAUAAAACAAGUCUUGAAGGUUUAGAAGAUCUGAACAUGUGUGCUGU